CUCGCCUCAACUCCAACUCUCUCGAACUCAUCUUCUUUCCAUCAGACCCGUCAGCCAUCAGAUCGCGGUAUUCUUUCUCCCUUCUGAAUUCUCUGCUUCUCUGCUGAUCAUACAUCAUCUGAUAGUUGAUACUACACAUAUCCACAACUCCCAUCAUCUCGCAAUGUUCACUCUUGAUACUGACGAGGACCCCUCGUGGGUAACCGACCUGGAGGCUGCUCUGCAAGACGAUCCAGUGACCGACGACGACGAGAAGAAGAACGGCUCCCAGUCCCCACAAGCCAUUCUCCAGCAAGUGAUGACAACUAGCCCGGGUACUUCGCUUCCAUCGUCUAUCUCAGGAUAUCAGCCCAGCGUCGGCCAGCCAUAUCGUGAAAUCGGAUCCAGUGCCAACAGCAAAGUAUUUGAGCAGCCCGGUACCCCGUGGGCGUUCAAGAUCCUCCUUGUCGACGAGGCCCUAACGCUAUGGAACAACUACACUAUGCAAAUGAGGGUUUACAACAGUUUUGAUGGGGUUGACAAGUUCGUCAAAACGGCUGUCGCAGUCCCUCGGGCAGUCUGGUUUGCAAACAAAACCUCGGAGUUCUGGCGCACAGAUUUGGAGCUCUUCCCCGAUGAUCCUCGAUUUCCACGCCAGCCGCGCAAUGUUCUCUGUAUGGAACGCAUCCCUCCUCUCCCUCAGGCGGUUCGUGACGCGCUGGUUGACCUCUUCUGCGACCGCUGGAGCAUUUCGGCUGCUAAAAGCGACCCGUCCAAUGCCGACUGUCUGGUGCAUGUCCUCUUGGGCAGCAAACAUGAUACUGCAGCGCACCCCGGAUCCUACUUGUUCAGACUUCGCAACUUCAAACUUCACAGUGAUCAGAUUGAACAACUCCGUCUUGACGCGUCCGCCCUGGCCGCCACAAUGGCAGAUGCCCUCGCGCUUCUUCACUGGCAGGCGAAGGUUGAUGGCAUGGGUGUCGAGUUCGUCCUCGGAAGCGCCCGUCCUACAAAAGACCACACCUCCAUCCCAGGCCACUUGCAUCUUCCAGGAUUGCACCGUCUAUCGCCGGGUACCAGUACCUUCGAGCUGGUAGUCAAUCCAUCCAUGCACAUUCCGCACACCGUCAGCCUGUGGCUAUUAGGCUUCGAUACUUGCCACCCAAUCAGCAUGAGCGCCAUCGGGGUCGAGCAGGCAAUUACCGCUUUCCUCAAAGACCCCCUGCACUUUCCCCGACCCUUCUCGAACAAUUGGUUCAUCGAUAGCCUGUGGACUGUCUUUGCCUGUCGCUAUAUUGAGACUGCAGAGAGGUUUACUCUGGGGACUCCAGCACAGUCGCUUCCGCGCUCUUUCAUCAGAGGCGUACAGAUCAGGCUGUUGCCAAAGUGA